AGCAAAAGAGGGUGGGUCUUAAACCCUAAUAACCCUCGAAUCUUCACCACGAAGCUGCAGAAUCUCACUUCUCACAACCAUGUCUUUCUUUUCCAACAACUCCAAGCUUCUCCGAUGGCGUCCAUCUCUCCACCCAAUCUUCCCCUCCACUUACCUCUCCCGUUUCUCCACCUCCACUUCCAUCGCCGAACCCCUCUCCGAACCCGACCUCCCUCUCCACACCCCUCCUGAACCUCUCUCCGAGCCUCACCUCCCACAAUCCCGAACCAGAACCACCCAAUCCCAAUCCCAAAACCCAGAACACAUCAUCACCCGCAUGCUCACAAACCGCGUCUGGACAACCCGUCUCCAACAUUCAAUCCGCUCCGUCGUCUCCAAAUUCGAUUCAAAUCUUGUUUACAACAUCCUUCACUCCACCGCCGCCGCAAAUCCCGAUCAAGCUUUAAAAUUCUACAGAUGGCUGGAAAGAUCUAAUCUUUUCAUUCAUGACACUAACACCACUCUCAAAAUGCUUCAAAUCCUAACCCGUUAUAACAAACUUAACCAUGCUCGUUGUAUUCUACUUGAUUUACCUAAAAAGGGGUUACCUUAUGAUGAAGAUAUGUUUGUUGCUUUGAUCGAAGGCUAUGGUCGUGCUGGGAUUGUUCAGGAAGCUGUUAAGAUCUUUCAGAAGUGUGAUCAAAAGAGUGUUAAGGCUUAUGAUGCUUUGUUUAAGGUGAUUUUGAGGAGAGGAAGGUAUAUGAUGGCGAAACGGGUUUAUAAUGCGAUGUUGAGGGAAGGUAUUGAACCUACUAGACAUACUUAUAAUAUUCUGCUUUGGGGUAUGUUUUUGUCUUUGAAAUUAGAUACUGCUGUUAGGUUUUAUGAUGAUAUGAAAAGUAGGGGUAUUGAGCCUGAUGUUGUGACGUAUAAUACUUUGAUUCAUGGGUUUUUUCGGUUUAAGAAAGUUGAUGAGGCAGAGAGUUUGUUUGUGGAGAUGAAAGGGAAGAAUUUGAUGCCCAAUGUGAUUAGUUAUACUACUAUGUUGAAAGGGUUUGUUGAUGUGGGGAAGGUUGAUAGGGCGUUUGAGGUUUUUGAGGAGAUGAAGGAUUGUGGGAUUAAGCCGAAUGCUGUUACGUUUACUACGUUGUUGCCAGGGUUGUGUGAUGCUGAUAAAAUGGUGGAGGCAGGGAAUGUUUUGGGGGAGAUGGUGGAGAGGUAUAUUGCUCCUAAGGAUAAUUCGGUUUUCAUGAAGUUGAUGGAGUGUCAGUGUAAAGGUGGGAACUUGGAUGCUGCGGUGGAUGUGUUGAACGCGAUGAUUAGGUUGAGUAUUCCUACGGAGGCGGGUCAUUAUGGUGUGUUGAUUGAGAAUUUCUGUAAGGCUAAUGUGUAUGACCGGGCGGAGAAAUUGUUGGAUAAGUUGAUUGAGAAGGAUAUUGUGUUGAGGCCAGAGACUUCCUAUGAAAUGGAAGCUAGUGCUUAUAACCGGAUGAUUGGGUAUCUGUGUGACAAUGGGAAGACGGCGAAAGCGGAAAUGUUUUUUCGGCAGUUGAUGAAAAAGGGUGUUCUGGAUCCAGUUGCUUUUAAUAAUUUGAUGUGUGGACACUCGAAAGAAGGAAACCCUGACUCUGCAUUUGAGAUUGCUACGAUCAUGAGUAGGAGAAAGGUUCAUAGUGAUGAAUAUUCCUAUAGAUUGCUUAUCGAGAGUUACUUGAGAAAAGGAGAACCUGCUGAUGCUAAAACAGCUUUGGACCACAUGCUUGAAGGUGGACAUGAACCAAAUUCGUCCCUUUACAGGUCAGUUAUGGAGAGUUUGUUUGAAGAUGGCAGGGUCCAAACUGCAAGCAGAGUAAUGAAAAAUAUGGUGGAGAAGGGGGUGAAGAACAAUAUGGACUUGGUUUCAAAGAUAUUGGAGGCCCUUUUCAUCAGAGGUCAUGUUGAAGAAGCUUUGGGCAGAAUUGAUUUGCUUAUGAACAGUGGGUGUGAGCCUGAUUUUGACCACCUUCUAUCCAUUCUCUGUGAGAAAGAAAAGAGGAUUGCUGCUCUCAGAUUGUUAGAUUUUGUUCUCGAGAGAGACAUCAUCAUUGACUUUUCAAACUAUGAUAAGGUUUUAGAUACUCUCUUAGCAGCAGGAAAGACCCUCAACGCAUAUUCCAUCUUAUGUAAAAUUAUGGAGAAACGAGGUGCAACAGAUUGGAGCAGCCGGGACGAGCUGAUCAAGAGCCUUAAUCAGCAAGGGAACACAAAGCAAGCAGAUGUCUUGUCGAGAAUGGUCAAAGAAAAAGUGGCAAGUCCUCCAAAGAAAGAGGGAAAGAAGAAAGCAAGUAGAGCUGCAUAAUCUGUUCUCUCUUCAUUUUCUACUUAAAGUUUUAGAGGUGAGACUUAUUAAUGGGUUUUGGUUGUAAUAAGUUGUUAUACGAGGAAGAGAAAUCAUAAAUUGUUUUUCAUUUAUAAUCAAGAACUUUGAUUCCUUCCAGCUGAUCAGUGUUUUGUUUUGACACAUUCUUUCUAUAUUUUAUUUAGUCUACUAUCAAGCUCUCAAGCUGUGUAACUUGUUA